GCUGAGGACCGCUAGGGCUGCGUUUUGUCGCUCUCGGUGUGUGUGAGGAGAGUGCAAAUUACCCCCUUUGGAAAUACAGAAAUUGAGGACCUGCACAAGGCCACCAUGUGACCAAGAUGGCAAGUGGUGGCCGUGAGCUGUCUUUGUUCACUCUGUAAACACAUUGAUUUGAUUCCACGACCACAAAAAUCGUAGUUUAGCAGUAUUUCCUGAGAUCUAAAGUCCAUAAUCUGCACCAUGCAUUCGUCCUCCUCCACCCGCUCCUCCGUUCCCCCGCGGCCCCGCCGCUUCGAGGCCAACAGGCCGUCCGACUCCAAAGCCCCGGGCUCCGGCUCCGGCGCCAAGAGAGAGGACAAGAACAUGAACGCCAAGCCCCCUGCGGCCCGGUCGUCCCCUCGUCGCGUCACGCGAUGCGCCCCCGAGUCAUCGCGGAUCCGCUCGGCCACCCAGCCCUUGCGCAACUCUGCCGCCGCCUCCGCCGCCAAACCCCUGGUGGCCCGGCAGCAGAGACACGCUGCCCAGACGGCCGCGGCUAACGCCAAACCCAACAAGAGCGCCGGCCGCCCCCCGCUGCCCAGCCUGCCCAACCUGCCGCCCCUGGCGGACCCCAACUGCAACGAGCCCAGCCUGCCGUGCCUGUGCUGCGACGGCCGCUCCCCUCAGGACAGCAACAGCCUGUUCAACCACAACCACAACAACAACAACACCGUCACCAUGCGCCACCAGCUGCAGCUGCGCACGCCCUCCAAGCCACAGCCGCAGCGCGAGAGCCAGGCCUGGCAGCGCCCGCCGGCGCCGGAGGUCAAGGCCAAGGUCAAGGGUAAAGAGCAAGCUCGUGCUCCUGAAGGUCGCGUCCUUGAUGGCCGAUCGCCUGAAGGUCGUGCCAGAGAACAGCCACAGCAGCAGCAGAAGAAGGAGGAGACCAAAGAAGCCGUUGCCCAGGGUAACAAACAGGAAGAGGAAAGGUCAUUGGCGGAGGACAACAAGGACAAGCUGGCGGAUGAGGAGGACUCCGACAUCGAGGUGGCCGUCAGCCCAGACGUGGACCCCAACGGAAACGACCAGGUGGCAGUCGUGGAGGACGAAGAUGAAGACGAUGACGAAGAAGAGGAUGAUGAAGAGGAGGAGGAUGACGAGGAUGACGAUGACACCCUGGUCCCCUCGUGCUGUGAUGGGCCGGCUUCCAUGCUGGAGUUCUCCCUCACCUCCUCCACCACCUCCUCCUCCUCCACCUCCAUCAGCAGCUGCUCCGACCUGGAGCUCGACGGGCCCGACUCCUACUCCCUCUCCCCCCCGGAGGAGCUCCCCAGCCUGGACUCCUCCUCAUACACCACCUCCCCCUCCUCGCAGCCACACAUCCUGCCCCUGGACCUCCACCACCACCACACCCAGCUGGGCCGCCCCGUGUCCCCCUGCUCCCCAGACGAGGGCUACCCCUCCGUGCCCUCCUCCCCGUCCUCCGACGACUCAGACGACAAGGCGGAGGACGCCGACGCCGCUCCGUACAAAACCACCAAGCGCGGCCUGCUGGAGUUCCUGGACUCGGUGGACGAGCUGGGCAAGCUGGAGCGCUUCUACCAGGCGGUGCAGGUGGUGCGCUGGGAGCUGGACGACGAGCCCGGCCUGAGGGACCGCCUGGACCACCUGUACCGGCUGGAGAAGGUCAACCGGCAGGUGCGGCUGUUCCACCUGGCCCGUCUGCAGGAGGAGGGCGCCCUGGAGCUGGACGAGGAGGAGGUGGCCGGCAUGCUGGACGAGAUGGGCAACAUCGACAUCCCCUGGAAGCUCUACAAGAGCGGUGGCUCGUGUGACUCGCAGGAGUUCUCCGACGCAGGGGUGGACGUGACGGGCCCGUCGGAUCUGGACGAGCCGGAAUCGGAACCGGCGCUCCCGGACUCGCUGGGCUCCUCUCCGCUGGACUCCCCGCCUCCGCGACCCCCCAAGCCUCCCGUAAGGCACGUGAGUGCCCAGCAUCAUCAACCCGACACGCGUCACACCUACAUCAACAUCAGCAGUCGCGGCAUGUCCACCGUCUCCUCUCCCAUCUCCCCAGCCUCCUCCUCCACUGCGGUGAGCCCGACCACCUCCACGGCUGCUGCCGCGUCACACCACACCAGGAAGCCUCUUCCCGCCCCUCCUCCCCUCCCCCCUCCGCCCCCCUGCCACGCGCCUCCCUCUCUCCCUCCUCCUCCCUCUCUCCCCCCUCCGCCGUCCUUCCACGCCCUGGACGUUGAGAUCCAGAAGCUCCUGGCGCUGGCUGGUCUGACGCAGGCCGAGCUGCUACGGCUGAGCCCCGAGCUGGGCGUGUGCGUCGGGGCGACCCUCGGCACUGGUGGACAGGAAGCGGAGGAGGAAGUGACUACUACUAGCAUCGCUCACGAACCAGAGCCAAUCAAGAUCGGCCGCCGCAGAGACAGUGCCACCAAGACCGUGGACAGAGACCGGGAGAGGGCUGGGAAGUACCAUGCCAAAGGGAACGAAGGGGUCUGGGUGGAGGGAUGGGCCGACGACGGCAAGCGCUUCGGAGGACUGGAAGCAGAUGGCCACCAGAACGAUGAUGACAACGAUGCGUACGGAGACCGCGUGAGCGGUGACGCCAAGAGAGGCGGCCAGAGGACGACCUCCUUCACCGAGAUGGCUCGCCGACGGAGGCAAAAUGGCGGCGGCAGCAGCAACGCUGGCUCUGGCUGCAGCUGUGGAUAUGGCGGCGAUCGCAGCCUGAGCGGAGGCUCCUAUUACAGCACCGGCAGCAGUAGCAGCAGCAGCAGCAGCAGUAGCCGCAGCCCCCCCUGUGCCCCCACCCUCGCCCACUACGACUACUCUGCUGAGAUACCCGACACCCCUCCUCCUCCUCCACCGCCACCGCCACCCCCAUGCCCCCCCACCACCGCCAAGCUGCCCCCCAGACUGCCCACCACGGCGGUGGGGAAACGCUGCACCCUACCCGCCAACGCCUCCCGGCCCGACCGCUUCGACUGGCUGAUCGCCUUCACGCCGGACACGGACGCGGCGGCGUUGGAAAUGAGGAAGGCCACCGGCGGCGUGGUGCCGCCAUCUAAGGUCAACGCCGUGGCCGGGGUGACGCAGGGGGCAAAGGUCAAGACCACCUUUAAAGAGCUGCGCAACCGCAGCAAGCAGCAGCAGAGCUGUCCGCCCAAGCUGACCAAUCAGGAGCCGGAACCCGACCCCACCGUGGCCACGCCUGACCCCGACUUCCUGUACAACCUGAAGUGGCGUCGCGAGAAGGAGGGGAGCGGCGGGACCCAGUGGGAGUACACCUCCCAGGCCGAGGCCUCCUUCCUCCAGCCGCCGCCCACCCCCGCAUCACUCUCUCUCUUCAGGGAGAUGAGGCACCUGUCAUUGGAGGCCGACAGCCAGGCCCAGGCACAGCCGCCACAGCCCAUUGGCUCGCCCGCUAGUGAAGAGGACCGCCCUGAACGGCGCAUUGGUCAGACAGCUAGUGAAGAUGAGCGUCCUCAGCGGCGGUUUGGCUACUCAGCCAGCGAAGAGGCCCGCCUCUCAAAGCCCAUUGGCUGCUCAGCCAGUGAGGGCAGCCUGUGGAUGAUGGCAGGAGAGAAUGGUGGACGAGAGACAGAGGAGGAGGAAGAGGAGGAUGAAGAUGAUGAAGAAGAGGAGGAGGUGCAGGUGAGAGGAAGAGCCGACGGAGGAAGGACUCGGGAAUCACGAUCAGCAGUGCCCCCUCCCUCCCGAUCGCUUGCUGGUUCCCAAGCGCCCCCUUCUACCUACUUCCUGCACCCCUCCCCCAUGCCACCCCCCUUGCCGGCGGCCACUGAGGGCCCCCACACAUCCGCCUCUGGCUCCGAGCUCGGCCGGGAUACCCCGCCACCGCCCAACCCUUACCUGGGCCACCAGAACCCUUACCUGGGCCAGCCUCCCUCUCACCUGGUCAAGCCCAACCCUUAUCCGCCCUCUGACAGCCUCAGUCACACCUACGCCGACUCUCUGUACCGCUCUGCUCUCAGCCACUGUGCAGAUGACUCGGUGUUCCUCCAAGAAGACCUCAGUAGCUAUGUAGACUCCCUGUACCUGGACGAUGCUCUCUACAGCGAAGGGCCGUCCGCACGCGCUCACCACCACGACCAUCACUGGAAGAGAGAGGCUAACAGCCUCCCAUUAAGCUACAGUGCACAGCCCCAGUAUCACCCCCAGAGGGAGUCUAGGGAGUCUGGCUUUAGCAGCGACAGUGGAGUGGACGAGGGUAACGAUGGCAACACCACUCCAUACAAAAACAUUGAAAUGCUGCGCUACGCCAACGCCCAGAAGGGCCAGAGUUACCAGGGUCACCCAGAGCCAGGCAGUGCAGACCCCCAGCACGAGAUCAGCCUGGCCCAUGAAGAUGACCCACGUGUGGCUGGCCACGGGGUGAUGAGAGAUGACCCGUGUGUCAUGGGUCUGUCCCUUAAGGAUGACCCCUGCGUGUUGUGGGACUCGGUCGCAGACCAGCUGCAGUGUCUGGGCCCGGUAGAGCUGGACACCCCCCCUCCCCUUCCCACCUGCUACCUGUACCACCCCAAAAACUGCCCGCUGCACAAGGGCGCGCCCCCCCGCCUCUCCCCCGUGGGUGCCAUCUCGCCCCCGCACCGCUCAGGCCCGCCGGGCCCCGGCGUGGACCCCUCCCGCCUCUGCUCCCCCCUCUUCCCCCGCAGCCACACGCUCCCCGCCCUGGCAGCCCCCCUCUACUACCCCUACCUCUACACCCCCCCUGCCAGGGCUCCGGGGCCGGGGCUCGGGCCGUACCCCCCCAACACCACCCAGCAGACACCACCACCACCACCACCACCACCGUCACGCCCAUACGCCCUGACAGUGCGCAGCGUCUCAUUCGCCGGUUCCGUGCAGAAGGCUGAAUCCUGGAUGGGAGAUGAUGAAGGAAGCUCCACCUUGAGGGGUCCCGCCCUGUCCUCUCAAUGCCAGCAGGAGAAACGAGCUCUGGUCAGUGCGGUGAGCCUGGCAGUGGAAGCCAUCUUAUCCCAGUUCAACUCCUCCCGGACAUUGGUGCAGAAGUCUGAGUGUCUAGAUAAGGCCCUCUCUGGUGACAGUAGCAUAAACCCCACACUAGGCCGCCUGGUGCUGCAGUGUCUGUGUCCAGCUCUGCGCAGCCUGCUCUGCGACGGCCUCAAGCCCCACCAGAGUGACCUGAUCGCGGGCCGGAGGCCAAAUUCACCCUGGGGAUUGGUCCAGGCCUCCACCAAGCCAGGCGUGAAGACCCAGGCUCUGUACAGUCUCCAGUGUCGAGUGGCUGAGCUCCCCCAGCUGAGAAGCAGCCAGCAGCGUUUCAAUGCCUUCCUACUCGGACUGCUCAAUGUCAAACUACUGGAUUUCUGGAUCUCCCACCUGCAGACAUGUAGUGAUGUCCUGGUGACGUUCUACCGCCCGGGCUCCUUCCUGCGCCUGGCGUCCACUUCCUGUCAUGCUCAGUUCGAGGAGCUGCUGUUGCUGCUGCAGCCGCUCUCGCUGCUGACCUUUAACCUCGACCUGCUCUUCCAGCACCACCACUUGGACCCUACGCCUGCCAACCACAGCCCAGAGCUGCCCAGCUCCACCAACCACAGCCCAGAGCUUUGUAGCCCGCCCAAUCAGGAGGCCCCGGCCUCCUCCUUCGGGCCCGCCUCCCGGGGACGCCGCCUAGAGACCGUCUCCGAGCACCAAUCGGGAAGAGCAGAGGAGUCCGAUGUGGCCAAUCAGAGCACGGGCCCCUCGAGCCUGGCCAUGCCGUUGGCCGGCAGCGGUGGUCAGGCGUCGUGCCGUGGCCCCGUGCGCGUCUCGGCUCUGUCCAGCCCUCAGCUGCAGUGGCUUCGGGAGAAGGACAUAGGCAUGGCGCCCCCGCUGGAGGAGACGGGCUACAGCAGGCUGUCGGAGCAGGCAGGCCAGGUGCUGCAGCAGGGCUGGGGGGCCAUGGUGCGCUGGGGAGGGCGGCUCGGACAGAACUUCCAGAACCUAGCGCAGAGCUCACAGACCACGCACAGCUCAACCUCCCUAGAGCUCUCCAACCAGGACCCAGGGGUCCUCCGCUCUCAGCAGCCCCAGGAGGAGGCCUCUCGCUGGGCCGCUGGCGUAGCCGUUCCCUGGGGCUUGGAGAGGCUCUUUGGAGCCUCCAAGAUCCCCGCCGACCCACUCGCCCAGAGCCCACAGACGCCACAUAGGCGUCCGUCCCAGUGGCUGGCCCCCAGUGUGUCUGUGCUGACUCGCAUGGUGAGCGGGGGACAGCCCCCCCUACCUGACCGCAUCCUAGUGGAGGGCCAAAGGUCAACACCGUCCCCCCAGGAACACCCACGACCCCCUCACAAGGAGACACCGCAGCCCCCACACCGGCCCAAAGGCACCAAGGCGGUGCGAACGCUUUGUGACCAUUCAGGCACGGGGGAGGAGCUGAGCUUCGAUAAGGGGGAGGAGCUUGUGGUGCUGGGCAGCGUGGAUCAUGACUGGAUUCGCUGUCGUCAAGGAGACAGGGAGGGCCUCGUGGCCAUUGGCUACACCUCCCUCAUCAUGUGACCUCUGCUGACCUCCUCUCAUUGGCUCUCAAGGUCAAAAGGCGGCGACGGUCCCAACUCCGAAAUAAAUGAGCAGAUAAACAGACGGAUGAUAAUGUAAUGUUGUAGUGCAGUAGCUCGUAGAUGUGUAGUGUCUCUCUAUCUCUCUCCUAUCUCCUAUUGCCUGGCUCGUCAUGUGGAAGAUGUUUUAUGCUAAUACUGGCAUUUGUCUUAAAUAAUGUUGAAAUAACAAACAUGCUGUAUAAAUUAUACAUAUAUUAUAUGAAGAUACAACUGGUUUUCCAAGAUAGAUAGACAGAUAGAUAAACAAGAAAACUAGAGUUUAAAAAAAUGUCAUCUAAAAGUCAUCUUAUUGGUAAACAAUUAUUUAGUAAUAAUGUAAGAAUGGAAAACAUUAUUGAACACAUCGUAGGUCCUUUAGAAAACAAAGAAACAAAAAAUAUAUAUAUUUAAAAGAAAGUCAUACAUUUACAAAAAAAAAUACACUUUCAAAGGAAUGUAUUUGGCAAAUGCAUAAAUCACAAUGAGUUUAGAUGUUAUCCAGUGAAUGCUACCUGAACCUUAUGCACUGAGUGAUUGAAGAGAAAUGCACUUACCACAUAAUAAAUAACGACCCCGGCCUUUAGACGCCCGCCCUGUCUGCCAAAACACCUCCGCUCUUUCACUUUCUACUCUUUUGCUGCACACAAACAACAACUAUCUCUUGCUAUGUCAGCUUGGUGUGAGUCAAGAGAGUGGGGUGUCUCUCUCACUGUGUCCGCUUGAUCUAGUCGUGUGAGGGAGUGAUGUGUUUGUGGACCUAUUAUCUGCUUGAUGCAUCAUUUCUACCCAACCAAGCAUCUAAAAGCCUAAAGAAGCUAAGCGCAUUACUAAAGCCAAAUACAUAAGUAAAGCUAAAUACGUAACAAAAUACAACACAAAUGGCGUGGCAAGUAACCGUCUAAAUGUGUCUUUCCUCCUCAAAAGCACCCCUAUUGCAUCAUACUUAUUAAUGAACCUUAUUCAUUGUUAUUUAUUGAUGAGCAAUCAUUGUGAUUUAUUAGUAAUCUAUCAUUGUUAUCAGUAGAAGUAGUAUUAUGGGCUGUGGUGUGAUGUUGAGUCUUCAUGUUUAUCCUACAACACUCAUUUAUUUGGCCUGAUCGUUUAAUUGGUCUGAUAGAUUCAUUGGUCUGAUUGUGUGAUGGUACGGUAGGCAUCAUGUGGAUGACGAGGCAUACAUACUGCCAUAGUGUGUGAUGGAGGACCGGCUCACGGCUUGGCUAGCUCUCGUCUUCCUGUUUUUGAUCAUCGCUAUUCUUUUAUUGCUUGGUUCCAUCAUGAUCAUCUGAUUGUUCCUGAUUUGAUUCGGACUUCCUGUUAUUUUGUCCAACCUGAAAAUGCGUGUAUAAAACACGGUCACCCUGUAACACACAAUGUGAUCUGUAUUUUUCCUGAUUUUAUUUGGUUUUGACCAAUCACAGCUCUGUUCGAUUGGUUUGUAAUAGCUACCCUGGGCAAACAGAUGAGGUCCCCAAAACUGGAGCCCGUUUCUCGCAGUUAGCAACUUGGUAGGUUGCCAAUGGAAAUUUCAUUGCAACCCAGAUAGGAAAACUAGAUGCCGUGUUCAGCUUUUUGACAUGGCAUAACCCUGGGUGCUACCGUCUUAGGAUGGUAUAAUUACAUCUUUCAUAGAUCUUAGAGCCACCUACAAGCUUGCCAGAAUUGGCAGCAAUAUGCCAGCUAAACUUAGCGCCGAUCUAACUCCAGCCAUUCGUUCCAAUACAAACGGAGUGGUCACUUGCUUGAUCAAAACUGAAUUAGCAACGGCGCUGUCGAGAAAUGCACCUCUGGGCAAACAGAUAAAGUCCUGAGACUGCAAUGUUAUUCAUUAACACUGGCACUGAGGGCACCGGACAGUUGGGACUCAAAAACAAAUCUGCUGUCUGUCUUGUGACAAGUCCUCCAAGCAGAUUGCUCCUGACGGGCCCUUGUUAGACGGCUAUACCAAAUUUGUCCAAGUCUCUCUCAUUCUGUACUUCCCUCAAAAUUCUCCUAAAAAACAAACAAACAAACAAGCAAUAACCAGCCCACCUGUGCUGACAGGUUCUUGGUGGAUUGCGGUUUACCUGUAUCCAUUGUUCUCCAGAACCCAUGAAGCAGCCAAGGUGACCUUACAGCGACCUUGUGGUUGUUGACUGGCACUCUCCUGAGGAGGAAGAAGGGGGAUGAGGGACAAAGGCAUUGAGGAGGGACUUUGGGUAGUGUCACAGCAUGUUCCCUUGUUAACUACAUAUGGUUGCGAGUUGAGUUCAGAUGCAGCCUAUGACUUUUUGGGCAGUGACGAGGGACUAGGGGAGUGUCUCAAAAUGUUCCCUUGUGGACUGCAUAGGUUACGAGUGCAGAUGCUGCCUACAGUAGGGCUUUGGGGGUGUGCCAAGCACUUUGUACAUGCCCACCUCAGCUUAGCCUCACUCGGUUUCUCGUCAUCAGCUAGACACCUGACACCUGAUCUCAGCAAUCAACCACAAAGGCCAUGCUGCAUCUCUCUCUCUCUCUCUCUCUCUCUCUCUCUCUCUCUCUCCCUCUCUCCCUCCCUCUGAAGGUCAGAAGUGUGGUGGCGUUGAGGGGAGGAUGUUUUGAAGCUCUGAACAAGGUCUAGCAUUGCUCAGGUGGUCAGGUGGAGCUUACUGUACUUUGGUGUCCCUUGAUGUCCCUUGGUGACAGGGUUGUCCCACAGAGCCUCACAUUAGCCAGCUGGAUUUGCAUGUACACUACCAUGGCCCUUCAGCAAGCUAACUGCGCCCAUUUACAUUACUAAAUCUAACUUUGCCUGUUCACAUUAGCUGUGUUAGCAGCAGUGCCCAUGACUGCAUCUGGCCAUGCCCACAUUAUUGUGCCAACCAAAGAUUCUGUAGCACUGAGCUCCAUUCUAGAAUCUUUGGUGCCAACACACCCACACAGUCUCCGGCUGCUGAACUCCCAAAGAAUAGUCGCCAUGACGACUGACUUGGAUAACCACGCGCCACAGGACGAGGCCAUAAGAAGCAAUGACUCAAAUCAGGCACGGGUGUGAUUGUGUAUGUGUGUCGUUAUUUUCUUGGGUAUUUAUGAGUUCAAAAUGUGUAGUUUUCAUUUGCAAUGGAGUGGAUAGUAGAACUUUACAGUACAUUAUUAUGUGGCACGAGCAGUGUUAACUGCAUCAGUAUAGGCUUUGGGUUUCAGUACAGAUCAUGGCCAACCUUGAUCCAUUGGAUUACAACCCAGUGCCACAUAUUCCAUAUGACCUGGUUUUACCUGUUCAAAUUCAGGUGAAUGUUAACUUGACCAUAUACCAUCUGGCUGCGUUUCACCAAACUACAUACUAUGAAGUUCCGGUUUCCUCACGCAACCAUCUGAGGUUGGUGAAAGUGAGUUAUUCCUGAAGGGAUGAGCCAAUCAGGAUUGGCGGGGUGGGAUUUUCCAUAGACGGGUGUGGUAAAGGCUCUUCUGCCUUCUGUCGCUCUCAGCUGUGUCAUGGGUCGAGUUCAGCGUGAAUGGCUGAAGUAGCACGUCAGUAAAGAUGAGAACAGGUUGUUUAUCCAAUCCCACGCAAGGAUUUUUGAUAAGGAAAGUCAUUCGAAAACAAGUUGGUUGUGGGGAUACCCAGAUGGUAUUGUGAAGAUGAAGGUGAAACGUACCAGCUGGCUAGAGUCAGGUCAGGUGAUUACCUGGUUGAAUGACCACCUGGGUGAAUUGGAGGGGUAAAACCAGGUCAUGUGGAAUAUAUGGCACUGGAUAUUAGGCUAACUAAUGAAUCCAGGUUGCCCAUCAAUGGUUUAGACUAGAUUUUGGGGUUUGGGGUCUCUGCCGCAACAGUGCAGAGCAUCUUCGUUAGGAUAUCUGGUGCUUGUUUUUAAAGGUCUUGUGGUGGUUGAGAUCAUAUGCAGAACCUGCUCGUUGUUAAUGCUCACAGGUAACUGAUUUCUGACCACCUUUACCUCUGUGGGACUUGCUGCAAAAACUGGUACAUGAACAUCAGGAAUUCACGUUUUUCUUGUUUGUUUUCUUGGUCUUUUACAUCAGUGCAUAUUGCUAUAGCUGCUUCUGUGGGUAUGAGAUAUUAUUGAAAUAAUCAUGGAAAUGUGUUCCAUACUUCUGAUCGUCCGUUUCUGUGGCUCGUGGAAACCUUUCAACUGUUCUCUCCCUGGCAGGUUGUUUUUUUCUCCUUUCUUUUGUUUAUCUCUCUCUCUAUCUAUCUGGUGUUGUGUGUGUGUGUGCGUGCGUGUGUCUGAGUAUGUGUGUGUGCCUGUGUGUGUGUGUGUAACUCUCCCUAGUGUAGCCUGCGAGUAGCACUGUAUUAUGUACUACUGUUUGUCCUUGCAGAGGCACUCACGCCAGUCAAGAACCCCUUGUCCUGCAUGUGCUUGUUUGUAAAUAUACCAAUAAAGACAUAAUAUAUACUA